CUGCUGUUUUCCUUUUUGAAGGGUGGCUUUUUUGACUGAAGGCUGCUGAUUGCGGCGUUCACUGAUUGAGGAAAAUUGCUCGUAAAAAGGAUUAAAACUAUACAGUGUUUUUAAGGUUUGCGGAGGGAGGAUUUUUUUACGGCAAAGCAGAGACGAUGGCUUUCAACUUCUCGGCAUUCAGCUACAUUGUGGCCCUGAUCAUCGAUGCAUUUCUGAUCUUUUUCUCGAUAUUCCAUGUGAUCGCCUUCGAUGAGCUGAAAACGGACUACAAGAACCCCAUCGAUCAGUGCAAUUCGCUGAAUCCGCUGGUGCUGCCGGAAUAUAUGCUUCAUCUGCUGUUCAACCUACUGUUCUUGUUUGCCGGGGAAUGGUUCUCGCUGGCCAUGAACAUUCCCUUGAUUGCGUAUCAUAUAUGGCGAUACUCUAACCGACCGGUCAUGUCCGGACCGGGCCUAUACGACCCCACCAGCAUCAUGAACGCUGACGUUCUGGCCAAGUGCCAACGUGAAGGAUGGAUCAAACUGGCCGUUUACCUCCUGUCCUUCUUCUACUACUUAUAUGGUAUGAUCUACUCUCUCAUAUCGACGUAAGUUUGUACGAAAAAAUCCCGGAAUCUAGACAAAACUCAACUUAUCAAAUCAAUCAAAAGGCAUCGUAUUAUUCGGGAGAAUCGCGUGUAUUCACACAUAUUUAGGAAAAUAAGCGACGAAAACUGUUCGAGACGCAGACCAACAUUUUGCGCGUAUUUUUUGACUAACGAUUCCAUCCUGGUCUUCAUUGUAGUCGACUUGAAUUAGCCAUUGACCGUUGUUACUCAUUUUCGAACUCAUAUACUUGCGUGCACUAUCAUCACAUUUACUUUGCCGAACGUUUGGCAGUUGUUUUAAUUUAUUGGAAAAUUCUCAUUCGACUUCUUUUGGAACAAAAACCAAAAACAUCCCGACCCAUCAUCAACUUCCCCUUCUUCAGAAUAAGUGCACGCAGUUUUGUUGGUUAAUCAUUUCCUUUACCACUGAUUAGGUGUAUCUUAGCGAAUCACCUACCAUCAUUAGAAGGGUGAGAUUAUGUAGGUAAAUCAACAUGUGAAAUAAAACUUGUACCUUA